AUGGCUCCUCCCCGUGGCAAGCGUGUGCGGUUUGCCUCUCCCUCUGCUGCCACCACUCCCCUCAGAAAGUCUGCCCGACUUGAAGCUCAGCCAUCGAGUUCAACUCGACAGCGAUCAGCUGGGUUGUCUAUCAUCCCCUCGGAGAGUUGGGAGGCGUUGCGCGCAGAAGCCGCUGAGCGCGUUGACAGCUAUGAGCCUCAGAAUCGGCCCGAUGAAGCCAUUCUGAAAGCGUCGUUGCAUGCAUUUCUCCAGUGGCUUCCCGAAAAGGGCCGGUCCGCUGUGGCCAGAGACAUCAUAAAUGCAACAAGUGACAAAACUCUCUAUGAAGUCUUUCACAAUCUCUUCACUUGUCUCGUGGCGCCGAUGAAAGCUCGAUCACAACGGCCUUCCGUGACAGACUCACCGCACGGAAAGAGGCAGGAGCAGGUAGAGGCUGUGGCCUCUAAACUUGACCAGCCGAGCAUCCGUACUGAAGACUUUCGAGAGUUAUGUUUGAAACGCGAUGGCUACCGCUGCGUAGUAACCGGGCAAAUGGAGCUCAAGCACUGGAUUAAGAGUAAGCGUCCUGCGGACAUCCCAAAAGGACACGUCGAGGCCGCGCAUAUCAUCCCAUUUUCGUAUGCCUCAUGGGACAAAGCAUCGGAGAAGGAGAACGUAUAUCAGCUAAGAGUCUUCGAGAGUCAAUUUUCAACCUUUGAAUUGCCGCACCUCCCUUCGUCGCGCAAGGUUGAGUUUAAAAAGGCAGAAGAUGCGCAGGACUUAGAGCUUCCCAGUGCCGCAUUCUUAGACUGCCAUUGGAGACUUUCCGAGAUCUUAAAUGCCUCUGACAUGGCUGAGGUGAUUGAUAAGCAUCUGCGAGAUUGGGAUCAUAUAAAGGGAAGUACAGGGGGCUCGCUAAGGGAGGACGGGGGUACAGAUAUUGGGCACAUUCUACAAGUAGGCCUGUGGGAACGAGUCGUAGGAUGA